CGCCGCCGCCUCCGCCUCCGCCCGCCGCCCGGGCCGCGUCGGGUAAACCUGUUUGGCGAGGCGGCCGCGCCGGGGCGGAUCGUGCGGCCGGCGGCUCCCUCGCGGCUCGCGGCGUCGGGGCCCGUGGCGCGCGCGCGGCCGCCCCUCGGCCCCGGAGCCCCUCGGCGGCGCCACCAUGUACUCGGGAGCCGGCCCCGUGCUCACGCCUCCUGCGCCGCCGCCGCCCCCCAUCCAAGGAUAUGCCUUCAAGCCUCCGCCCAGACCCGACUUCGGGACCUCCGGGAGAACCAUCAAGCUGCAGGCGAACUUCUUCGAAAUGGACAUUCCAAAAAUCGACAUCUAUCACUACGAAUUGGACAUCAAGCCGGAGAAGUGCCCAAGGAGAGUUAACAGGGAGAUUGUGGAGCACAUGGUCCAGCACUUUAAAACACAGAUCUUCGGGGACCGGAAGCCAGUGUUCGACGGAAGGAAGAACCUCUACACGGCCAUGCCCCUUCCCAUCGGGAGGGAGAAGGUGGAGCUGGAGGUCACGCUGCCGGGAGAAGGGAAGGACCGCAUCUUCAAGGUGUCCAUCAAGUGGGUGUCCUGCGUGAGCCUGCAGGCGUUACACGAUGCACUUUCGGGGCGGCUGCCCAGCGUCCCCUUCGAGACGAUCCAGGCCCUCGACGUCGUCAUGAGGCACCUGCCGUCCAUGAGGUACACGCCCGUGGGCCGCUCCUUCUUCACCGCGUCCGAGGGCUGCUCCAACCCCCUGGGCGGGGGCCGGGAAGUGUGGUUUGGCUUCCACCAGUCCGUCCGCCCUUCCCUCUGGAAAAUGAUGCUGAACAUCGACGUCUCGGCAACCGCGUUUUAUAAGGCACAGCCCGUAAUCGAGUUUGUUUGUGAAGUUUUGGAUUUUAAAAGUAUUGAAGAACAACAAAAACCUCUGACAGAUUCCCAAAGGGUCAAGUUUACCAAAGAAAUCAAAGGUCUGAAGGUGGAGAUCACGCACUGUGGGCAGAUGAAGAGGAAGUACCGCGUCUGCAACGUGACCCGGCGGCCCGCCAGCCACCAAACGUUCCCGCUGCAGCAGGAGAGCGGGCAGACGGUGGAGUGCACGGUGGCCCAGUACUUCAAGGACAGGCACAAGCUGGUGCUGCGCUACCCCCACCUCCCGUGUUUACAAGUCGGACAGGAGCAGAAACACACCUACCUUCCCCUGGAGGUCUGUAACAUCGUGGCCGGACAGAGAUGCAUAAAGAAGCUGACCGACAAUCAGACCUCAACCAUGAUCCGAGCGACUGCCAGGUCGGCGCCCGAUCGGCAGGAAGAGAUCAGCAAACUGAUGAGGAGCGCGAGUUUCAACACGGACCCCUACGUCCGGGAGUUCGGAAUCAUGGUCAAAGACGAGAUGACGGACGUGACGGGGCGGGUCCUGCAGCCUCCCUCCAUCCUCUACGGGGGCCGGAACAAGGCGAUCGCCACCCCGGUCCAGGGCGUCUGGGACAUGCGGAACAAGCAGUUCCACACGGGCAUCGAGAUCAAGGUGUGGGCCAUCGCCUGCUUCGCGCCCCAGCGCCAGUGCACGGAGGUGCACCUGAAGUCCUUCACGGAGCAGCUCAGGAAGAUCUCGAGGGACGCCGGGAUGCCGAUCCAGGGCCAGCCGUGCUUCUGCAAGUACGCGCAGGGCGCGGACAGCGUGGAGCCCAUGUUCCGGCACCUGAAGAACACCUACACCGGCCUGCAGCUGGUGGUGGUCAUCCUGCCCGGCAAGACCCCGGUCUACGCCGAGGUGAAGCGCGUGGGGGACACGGUGCUGGGCAUGGCCACGCAGUGCGUGCAGAUGAAGAACGUGCAGCGGACCACGCCGCAGACGCUGUCCAACCUCUGCCUGAAGAUCAACGUCAAGCUGGGCGGCGUGAACAACAUCCUGCUGCCCCAGGGCAGGCCGCCGGUGUUCCAGCAGCCCGUCAUCUUCCUGGGGGCCGAUGUCACCCACCCCCCCGCUGGGGACGGGAAGAAGCCUUCCAUUGCCGCUGUCGUGGGCAGCAUGGACGCCCACCCCAACCGCUACUGCGCCACGGUGCGGGUGCAGCAGCACCGCCAGGAGAUCAUCCAGGACCUGGCCGCCAUGGUGCGCGAGCUGCUCAUCCAGUUCUACAAGUCCACGCGCUUCAAGCCCACCCGCAUCAUCUUCUACCGCGACGGCGUGUCCGAAGGGCAGUUCCAGCAGGUGCUGCACCACGAGCUGCUGGCCAUCCGCGAGGCGUGCAUCAAGCUGGAGAAGGACUACCAGCCGGGGAUCACGUUCAUCGUGGUGCAGAAGAGGCACCACACGCGGCUCUUCUGCACGGACAAGAACGAGCGGGUCGGGAAGAGCGGGAACAUUCCGGCGGGCACCACUGUGGACACGAAGAUCACCCAUCCGACCGAGUUCGACUUCUACCUGUGCAGUCACGCCGGCAUCCAGGGAACAAGCAGGCCUUCCCACUAUCACGUGCUUUGGGAUGACAAUCGUUUCUCUUCCGAUGAGCUGCAGAUUCUCACCUACCAGCUGUGUCACACCUACGUGCGUUGCACGCGCUCCGUGUCCAUCCCCGCGCCAGCAUACUACGCACACCUGGUGGCCUUCCGGGCCAGGUACCACCUGGUGGAUAAAGAGCAUGACAGCGCUGAAGGAAGCCAUACCUCCGGGCAGAGUAACGGGCGGGACCACCAGGCGCUGGCCAAGGCGGUCCAGGUCCAUCAGGACACACUGCGCACCAUGUACUUUGCUUGACGUGCCGUGUUUACGACCGUGGGCCCAGUCGGACUCACACGAGACCAGCUACACUCAGACCAACCGACGCCCAGCCCUUCUGGGACAGCCAGCAUCCGACGCGAGACGGCAUUGACUUUCACAGACCCUCCACCUCCCAGAAUGCCUUCUGCCCCCGACCCCACACUUGGAUUUGAACUGCAGACCUGUGUGAGGCCCGUGUCGUAGGAAGUGUGGUUUGCCAAAAUCUGUGAGCUGCUCAUUCACGCAGAACUCCACGUCCCCUACAGAUCUCCCAAAAGCAGUCUAUGAACUCAGGGCUUUAAAACAUUUUAAUUUAUUUGGUCAUUCGAUUUACUUGUUUUUAACACGAUUCUCUAUGAAAUUGAUGGUCUCAAACUAGCUGUGAAUGUUCUCUGAGAGGGAAAGCAGCGCAAACUCGAUUGUGGUUUUAAAGCCUUGACCGGUGCGGCGUCGUCACGAGAGUCUCUUUCUCGGGGACGCCGGUGCGCUCCCGACGCGGCUCGCGCCAGCUCCUCCGCGCCCAGGGGCAGGGGCUGCGCCGGGCGCGGCGGCACCUCGGCCCGCCCGCCCGCCCGCCUCUCACUGGGCUCGAGGGAAGGCACGGGGCGCGGCGGUCACGUGCGUUUACAACAUUUCUAGGUCCAGCGAGAUUGGCAGACAAGUGCCAUUUUAAUAAAAAUUUAUUUAAAAA